GGUCGGAGGACGUAAACAAUCCAUCAGUAGAGAGGCAGUCGAGUGAACGUGACAUCAUGGCCUCCUCCAGCACUGGUGAAGGAAGUAGCAAAAUGAACCAAUCCCAGAUCGCUCAGCGCAUGUGGGAGAUGGCUAAUAACAUGGAGUACUACAACGCUGCAGAUGAAAUAUAUCAGUAUGAUCGCAAACAGCAGCAGGAUAUCCUUCAGGCCAAACCUUGGGAAAAAGACCCACACUUCUUCAAACAGAUCAAGAUCUCAGCUUUAGCACUCUUGAAGAUGGUGAUGCACGCCCGGUCUGGAGGCACACUUGAGGUGAUGGGUCUUAUGCUGGGUAAAGUUGACGGAUCAAUGAUGAUCGUUAUGGAUUCCUUCGCACUUCCAGUCGAGGGAACAGAGACAAGAGUUAAUGCUCAGGCUCAGGCUUAUGAGUAUAUGACUGCCUAUGUUGAAGCAGCUAAACAGGUUGGUCGCCAGGAAAAUGUAAUUGGUUGGUACCACAGCCAUCCAGGGUACGGUUGCUGGCUGUCUGGAAUUGAUGUGUCUACACAGAUGUUGAACCAAAACUAUCAGGAGCCCUUUGUCGCCAUUGUGAUUGACCCAAUCCGUACAAUUAGUUCAGGCAAAGUGAACAUUGGAGCCUUUAGGACCUAUCCAAAGGGAUACAAGCCACCAGAUGAGGGACCAUCUGAGUACCAAACUAUUCCUCUAAACAAAAUUGAAGAUUUUGGUGUUCAUUGUAAGCAGUACUAUUCUCUAGACAUAUCAUACUUCAAGUCAUCUCUCGACAAGAAGCUGUUAGAUUCCCUCUGGAACAAGUACUGGGUCAACACUCUCAGCUCGUCAUCACUUAUUACAAAUGCAGAGUAUAUGACUCGUCAGAUCUUUGACCUCAGCGACAAAUUAGAAAAUUCAGAAACUGCUCUUGGUCGGGCUGGUCUGUUUGGUUUAGACCCACAAGAAAAGAAAACUGAAGAUAAAUUGAGCCGUGUAACAAGAGAUUCGUGCAAGACCACAAUGGAAGCCCUGCAUGGUCUGAUGGCUCAGGUGGUGAAAGAUCGUCUCUUCAACCAAAUACCUCAGGCUCAGCAGAAGGGCCAAGAACCUGCCUGAGAUGCUUUUGCAUUCAGAAGAACAUUACUUCCUACGAAUGAAAAGCGCACUCGAAGCAUUGUUUUUUUCCUCUUCGACUCUGAUAGCUCGUGAUAUAUAUUUACCUUUUUUGAACUGAAAUUGUAAUUUAUCCUUUUUAUUAUUAUUAUUAUUAUUAUUAUUAUUAUAUAUCAUCAUUAUUGUUAUUAUUAUCAUUAUUAUUAUUAUUAUUAUUAUUAUUAUUAUUAUUUAUUAUUGUCUUGCAUUAGGAACUCCAGUGACAUCUUAAAUUGAGAAAGAAUAUUGACUGCAUUGUACCCUUUCCCUUCUGUCUGUCAUUUUAUGUUGGAUGAUAGAUGUACUGAUACAUAAACUAUCUAAGUAGUAA